CGUUAGUUCUUUUUCUUCAACGUUUCAUACGUUUUUCAUUCGAUCGAUUUCUAAGUACCUACCUUGUCUUAUUAGAUAUCAGUUUCCCAGAACCUAAAGCUGUGUCAAAGACGAUAUUACCUUUCUCAUUGUUAAAGAUGACGUCAGAGGUGAACGAGUGGUACAAAGGUCGGAAGGUGCUGGUGACAGGCGCUUCCGGUCUGAUGGGGAAGGUGCUGAUCGAGAAGAUGCUUUACAGCGUCCCUGAUAUAGGCUGUAUCUUCGCUUUAGUCAGAUCGAAGCGAGGCAAGUCACCUGAAGCAAGAAUUGAAGAUAUGUGGAAAUUGCCCUUAUUCUCAAGAAUAAGGGAAGAAAAGCCUCACAUGAUGAAGAAGUUGAUACCAGUGACUGGAGAUAUAUCGCAUGAUAAACUUGGCAUCGAUCCUGAGAGACUACAGCAGAUUUAUGACGAGGUUUCAAUAGUGUUCCACUUCGCCGCAAGCCUUCGUCUCGAGGCGCCGCUCAAGGAAGGUCUCGAGAUGAACACACGAGGAACUCAAAGGGUCAUAGAAGUUUCGAGAAAUAUUAAGAAUCUGGUUUCUCUCGUUCACUUGUCUACGGCUUUCUGUUAUCCUGAUUAUGAAAGGAUGGCCGAAAAAGUUCACGAUCCACCUGCCAACCCCCACGAAGUCUUGCGAGCUGCGAGCUGGCUCUCUGAUGACCAGCUGAACCUUCUGGCUCCAUCCCUGAUGCAGAAGCACCCCAACUCGUAUACCUACUCUAAGCGUCUUGCCGAGGCUCUCGUGAGAGAGUGCUAUCCAGAACUACCAGCAGUUGUAGUUCGACCCAGUAUAGUGACGCCAGCCUUCAAGGAACCAAAACCUGGAUGGGUGGACAACCUCAAUGGUCCGAUAGGUCUUAUGAUCGGCGCUGGAAAGGGUGUCAUCAGAUCUAUGCACUGCUACGGACAUUAUCACGCAGAAGUGAUUCCUGUGGAUAAUGCUAUAAAUGCUAUUAUUGUAGUGCCCUACUUUCUCAACACUCAGAUUGAAAGACAGCCAGAUAUCCCAGUUUUCAAUCUAACGACAGGCGAUGACAGAAACACAACGUGGAAGGAAGUCCUGGAUAUCGGGAAGGCCACUGUGCGGAAGUACCCUUUCGAAGGUCCCUUGUGGUACCCGAACGGAAACAUCAGACACAACAGGUUGAUACACGAGCUCUGCGUCUUCUUCUAUCACAUCCUGCCCGCCUACUUCAUUGAUUUCUUAAUGCUCUUAUUUGGACAGAAGAGAUUCAUGGUGCGCAUACAAAAUAGAAUCUCAGUCGGUCUACAAGUACUUCAAUACUUCACAACACGCGAAUGGUGGUUCGACACGCAUAACUUCAAGAAUCUAGCGAAAAGACUCAAUUCUGUGGACGUAGAGACGUUCCCGAUGGAUUUGACUGUCAUCGAGAUAGGCUCCUACAUUGAGAGUUGUAUGAUCGGGGGAAAGUUGUAUUGUCUCAAGGAAAAGCUGGAGGACUUACCUAAAGCCAAGUUGCAGAAUAAUAUAUUGUUCGUGGUGGACUUAAUCGUGUCUGUACUAUUCUACCUACUGGUGUUGUACUGGCUGGUUCUGUACAUAGAACCAAUACGAGAUGUACUCAGUUACGGUGGCCCGUUCGUGAGAUACCUACCAUUUGUUGGAGGCGCAGUUUUCUCUAAUUAAAUAAUGUCUGGGAUAUAAUCGUACUGGCUCAUACGGUGUAAAAUGUUUUUUUAAAUAUAUAUUAGAGGGAGCAAACGGGCAAGAGGCUUACGUCAUAGGAAGUGGGGAACUGGGGUCGAGGGAUGGCGGCCUUUUAGUUGGGAGCCUCUAAUCGGAAGUCCCUAAGGCUGAGAACUAAAGAGCGAGACUUUACUUACGUAAAAUUUAACAGAGUGUAAACUUAGCAUAAUCUUUGAUUUCGUUUUCUACUUAGUCAUUUUGCAAGCUGAAAUUAUGUUUGGCUUAAGCUAAGGCAGUCCAAUGCAAUAGUCGUGUUCGAGUAUUAUCAUUCUCAGUAAGGUUUUAUGUAAGUAAAGUCUGAGCAAAAUCUGAAAAAAGUUAGCCAAAGUAGUAUGUGUUAGCAAUCAGCUUUUACGCGGGAAUUCACACUACUCUCUGCCAAAAACAAGUGUUCAAUGUAAGGAAAUACACAGAAUGUAAACCCGGAACCUAUCUUAAGUUGUGUGUGCAUUCAUUAAAAUUCUACCUUUUAAAACUUACUGUAAUAACCUUAUUAUAUUUAUUUUUAGUGGGUCGCUAACGUCUUUUAAUAUAAUAUGUUUGUCUGAUUAAAUAUAUUUGCUCAAUAGAAAAAAAUAUCAAACCUUUUUUGUCUCUUACUACUAAAUACGAAUUAUUUUAGGCUGAUAGUCUUGUUCUGUAUUGUACUAAAACAUCAAUUAAGGCGAAGAGUAAGGAGAAAACACGCAAACAUGGUGUUUUAAGACAAGUUUUGUGGUGAAAGUAUAGCAUUUCGAGUUAUGAACACUACUUAAUCCUGUUACACAUAACCUUAAGUCUUAUUUGUAGGUUGCUAAUGCUUGCUGUUGGUUAUAGUUAACACUGCCGAGCCUUUAUGAACUACCUACCACUUUUCUUUGAAGUUAAACAAUUUUUUUUGUCAUGGCGUGAUGCAUUAUUUUGGUACUUCUCUCAUAAAAGUUAUUCUUAUAGGUUGUACUCUUUUGUGUAGGUUCAUUUAUUCAGAUUAGUAGUGUAUAACGAGGAUUGUAAGCAUAUAAACAGUUUUCCACCCAAGAAUUUUGAAAAUAUUGGCUUUGUUACAUAGAUGGCGGGCCGGCAGCCGUGAACUCAUAUCGCUCAAGGUCGCUGGCAUUUAGUGUCGCCUUAAUAUAAACUGAUACUUUUGACCUUGCUCAUCAAAUGACACCACUCAAGAUCCGUCCCGGGUUUUUUUUUAUAAAAUAUUCUAACGAAAUAAUGUUUAUUAUCAUAAAGGUACAUAACAAGCAAGAAGUUUACUACAAAAAAUUUAUUCUUGUGUUCAGUACGUCCACAUUGAUCUAACACUAACGUUACGUUCGUAACAACUUCAUUUUAUCUUCCACUUAUCUAAUUUUCGUAUCUUGUAGAUACAAAUUAUAAUUACCUACUUAUAAGUUAAUGAAAUUCGGAUGAGAACCCGGCCUGUACACUGCUCGGCUUUAAACUUGUCGGUUUUUAGAUUCCGUCCGAAGUGUACCGAAGUACCCAACUACACUAUUUACUUUCCGCUUCCCGAGCAGUGUAGAGGCCGUGUUAGGGACUACGCGCACUUAUUCAGCUCCAUUCGCGUUUCGCUGAACGAUUUUGGUCACACUUAUACAGCUCUGCUUCUAUCAGCCGCGUACGGAACUUUAAAUCACGUCUGCACUCUUCAAUCUUUGCGUUCCUAAUUAUUACGUCAAAUCAAUGCAGGAACAAUACGCAACUUGUCGACCAGGAGUCGCGAACCAUCCCUGUAAAGAGCUGUUCCGCCGCAUUCGGCGGCGAACAGCGCUGUACGCGAAAGCAGAAUGGACGCGGAAAGCUGAAUCGACGCGUACACGUCUCUAUACAAAAUUGUUGUUUUCUAUGGACAAAAGCUGAAAAGAGCUGAAUAAGUGCGCGUAGUCCCUCCCUUAAAGUGAAAUCUCCGAAACUAUAAUAUUAUUAUUAUUGCUAAGUAUUUUCAUGUAAUGGUGAAUUUUAACGGCUUUAAUAACAUAUUAAUGUAAGUAUGUGGUUGGUGCUACUAUUUAACAUUAUUUUUAUAUACCUACAGUUAUACAAGUUUUACAAGUAAUAUUAAUGUGUUUGUAUGGCGUCCAAAAUAUAAGGAAUAAAUCUAAUAGAAAUAAAAAAUCUUAUUUCUGAUUCCUCAUCCUUGAAUCGUAAUAAUGUAUUUAAAUUUUAUGAAAUAUAAACAUUUUUGAUCCAUCAAUACAGAUAAAAAUAAUUAAUUUAGAAUCAAAAAGAUGCAGGUAUCUUUUACAGCAUUUUUCAAUAGAUGUAACAUUAACGUAUGAAAUGUAACCAGUUAUAAUGUGAGUUAUUAUGAUGGCUCUGUCAUAGACAUUUAUACAUAUAAGUUCAGAUAUUAUGUAGCUCGAAAAGGUUUAUUAACUGUGAUUAAUAUAUACAUAUAUAUUAUAAUCAAAGCAAAUUGGGUUUGAUACAUCAUGAAUAGUGAUAUCUCACGAUGUAGCCAAAUUCUUAAAAAUAUUUUUUUUAUUCUUA